AUGAAACCUCUUGAGUAUGUUGGAAAAACGAAGCAUAUAAGGAUGAGAGGACGUUGCAUCAUACCAACUGAUUGCACGCUAAAACCUAUUUCAUACAAGUACGUCGUUAUUCCAAUACACGACAAGAAGAAGAAAUCAGCUAAGCCAGAAUACGAAUUCGUUACAAGUGCACGUUACCGUGGUAUCGUAAACAGGGUUCUAAUUAUUCCUGAAGAUUUGAAAGGACGAACUUCAGGAGUGUUUCGGAAGUACGAUGACGUCAUAUGUAAGGAGCCUGGUGUGUUUUUCGGAAGUAUUGACUUCAGAGAGAAUAGGUUAUUGGCACUGGAAGCUAUGUUGCCAAGAUGGUCUGGGUUUUGUAGUCAAUCUGCUCAAAUAUCUGAUCAACGACUGACCGCUGACGCUGCCAUAGCAGAGUUCAUUGCAAUAGUGGCAUCAAUAGUGACUGUUCCCUUAUGCGAGGAAAAUCAAUCAGAGCGGCAUUUGGGCAGUUUCCGUCCUGGUGAUCUUACUGACCAAGAUGUUAAUCAGGCAAUUAAGAAGCAUAUUAGACCUGAACUGCAAUGUUUUAUCAAAGAGUCCCCCAAGGCAACUGCGAUGGAUAGGCUUACAUCGGCUGUAGCGAUUUCUGUUCUUGUGAGCAAGUAUAACUUAAAAUUGCAGAAAGAUGAGCAUACUGCUUUACUGAAAUCACUUUUGAUCCAUUCGGAUGCAGCGUCCCGAAGUUGCCCUGACUACGAUGAGUUGGUGAAACUGUUUGGCGACAGAAAAACAGCUGCUGACAGCGUUAGACAUAUCAUUGCAAUGGCAUGUACCGUUUCAAAGCUUGCUGAGUGGCUCUUUGCCCUACCGCUUUUGCACUUCUUGAAUGGUGACAUAAAACCGUUUCACAACCCUGGAAAGACAGAUGAAAAAUCAUUGCGAUGGUGGGGACUGGAAGGGAUCAAGAAUGAAAUAGGCGUAUUUCUCAAACAAACACCAUCAGGGUCUCUAUUCAAUCUUGUUAAAGAUUUGAAGCCUCUUUUUACUGCUGACAAGCUAACAGGACGUGCGUUCUUGUUUUGUUUAAAGCUGGAAGAAUUGCCUGAGGCUAUCCCUUCUGAUGUUGCUCAUCCUUCGGUGUUUGUCAAAAGUCUGGAAGAUAAGUUACAGAAAAUGUCCAAAAGAGGCUUUAUGGAUAGAGGAACGGCUGAUCGUUUGAAUAAGUUUCUUACAUCCCUUCUUGCCAAGGCUUCUGAAACGGAACUUUCGGAAACGAACACGGAUUUGCCUUUCUGCAAGGCACAAAAUGAAUCUGGAGUAAUAGCUUCAGUUCAUCUCAUUCGUGCGAUAGUAACGACAUGGAGAGCUAUGGACCGUUUUGAACUAUUGAAUCUGUGCAAAGACUUAGUAUUCUGUUUUGUACGUCAAAUGGCGGUAUGCUCUCACACUAUAGAAAUUACACAAUCUCACUGCGAUGAGCUUAAGGAAGGUCGUGAUCGAAACAGCCCAGACCGCGAUGACUUGUUUUCUCAGAAACAGCUCGACGAAACAUUUAAAGUAGUUUCUACGUGGAUGGAUCAAACUCAUUAUCGCCCGAAAGAUGUUAUGUCUCUGGGAAAAGAACUAGAGAUGUGGGAUGCCGUUCUUCAGUGUGACGCGCUAUCUGACGUAUUGCAGCAGAUAUGGUGUGGUUUGGUACAGCAGAAAUUAAGUCGUCGGUUUCAACAGAUCGACGAAGCAAUAUUAGUUGAAGCGGUUUGUCAGUUAUUUGAUUCUGGAUUGCAUACGGUCAUCGAUCAAGCAUUUCAAGAAAUAUCAGAAAAAACAGUAGACCGACUGCUAAAGAAAGGAGGAAAUCAAGGGAAAGCAGUCGAUAGUCUAAUGACAACUUUAAUAGAAAGAUCAAAUCAACGCGACCACUCCAGCAACAUGUUGAAGUUGAUUUUGAUAAAAACCUGCCCUAAAUCAAAUCCUCUUGUUCCAACAAGGAAGAAAGUUUGGAUUGAGCAUCUGCUGUCUUGGCCACUGUGGACUACGUUUUUUCGUCUUACGGUAACUGCAUUGAAAGACGGUUCUGUAAGAGUAUGGGAGCUUGUUUAUCUACAUGAGCAUUCCGGUCCCUUUUUCGAUUUGUGCAAGACACGGGACAAUCACCAAAGCAGUCAUAUGAUAUUCUCUGAUACCCAAACGUAUCUGGCUGAAUGUAUGAGACAAUUUGGUUCUUACGAGAGCGAAAAGCGUUUGCUGGAGAAUUUUGUAGGUGUUUGUAAGCUCUUCAGCUCUUCUGAAGACCUGAAGCAAUUGGCUCAUAACAUUAGGGCCGACACUUCCAAUAUAGAAAUACGAAAUCUUGCACCACAAGACACUAGUCAGUCUGCAGUUCUGUCUUGUUUUUCGUUACCUUCAAGUUACCGACAGUAUGUUGAGCUUACCUGGAAAGCGCGCAAUAGUUGUAUCUUCAAACUGAUCUGGAAUAAAGUGGGGAGGGAAGUUGCUCGAUCACGCAGCGACAAGCAGCCACCUCUUACUCUAGCGGAUAUUGCAGAGAUGAUAUGCAAACCGGUUGCCCACCAAUGGCAAAGCAUUUGCGAUGAAGUUGUGAGUGGAAGUAUGCCACUAGAGCGAGUUUCAAUUGUGUUUGGUAGCCCAGAGACCGAAACUAUUAAUCUUGAUCAGGAACUGAGUUCUAUAGGUGAUUUUUGCGGACGGCAAGAGAACGCCAAAUGGAAGCAACAACGUAGAAAACAAAUAGAACGAUACAGCAAACUAACAAGUGUUAUUGAAGCAGCACAAACUUUGAAGCAAGUGAUGGCUGCAUUACAAAUGUCUCAAGAGUUUAGAGAGAUUGAUUAUAUUUGCACGCAGAACUCGCCGAAUUUUCGCAAGCAACCGAUACGAAUGCUGACAGAUGACUUGCUAUCUGCUGGCGAUUUUCUGGAUUUGUUGGACAGUGAAGAUAUUGCGUGUUUGAAAUCUUUCACUGCGGCUCCAAAUUUAGUUCAAUGGCUCAGACUGGACAUCAAGAAAUGGAAAGAGCUCGAGACUUUCGUUGAACUAGCAGGCACUAAAUCGGCAGAAGAAGGAGAUUAUGAAACUGUGAAAGUGACACAUUUACAUGCUGCUUGUGCUGGAUUCGCACCGUUUCUUUUUGAAGUAGAUGAUAACACGACAUUUAAAGAGUUCGAAAGAUGUUGCUCUAGAGUGCUAACGUCUUUCCGUUGUGACGAGGAUUUAAGACAGAAAUGGACAUCUAGUGAGAGGUGUUUGGAAGAGUUUAAAACAACGCGAGAUUCUUUGAGCUCAGUAGAGGUGUCUUCUUUCUCUCAACUGGACAUGAUCAAUUCGCGUGGUUUGUAUCAUGUUGGUUGUCUCGACACAAAAGGUCACCAGUUUCACUCCAGUCUGACAGCAGAAGAUUGCGUUAAGCUGCAGAUUGUAGCGGAGGGGAACGAGACAGCAUGCUCCGGAAAAGAGUAUCGUCUUAAUGAUCUGCUGGAUUUGCAAAGCAAACUGAUGCUGAUAUCAGGACGUAAGAACAAGACACGAACCGACGAUGUCGAUGCAUUUGUUGAUGUUUUAGAACUUGUUAUGUCAAUAGCCAAAGUCUUUAUCAAGAUGCGAAAGGCUGGUCACGACCGCUAUUUAUCCUGGAAUCGAAAAUAUCGUUGCAAAAAGAUUUCAUCUACUGUCGACACACAAGGAGUGGCCAGCAAAGUACAGGAAGGUGAAUUAAAAUCUUUACUUGAUGGUUUAAAGCAUGACUUAGACAAUUUGUCGAUGCAUCUUGCCAACUGGCAGCAAGAAGUGGAAAUAUUUCGUUCUCAUUAUUAUUGCCUCAAUUAUUUUACUACUCCUCAAUUAUUGCUUCUGCGUCAAUAUUUGGGUGAAUCGAAUGUCAGUGGCGAUGGCGACGUUCGUCGUGGGGAAAUGUUGGCACUUCUCGGUGCUGUCAAUCCUAAGUGCUCUAUUUAUACAGUACAAGAUGCCAUAAAGAAAGCUCAGAAAUUUUUUGGCCAACGGUCUAGAGGCUUGGGUGACAUAGCUAAGCCAUUACUGAAUGAGUCUGACAUCGGGCAUAUUACAGAGAUGGGCUUUUCGCGGGAAUCUGCUAUUGCUGCACUCAAUGCAAACAAUUGGGAUUUAUACAGGGCGGUCUCCUAUUGCGUCGAUCAUGUAGGCUAUCAGAUUUCAUCUCAAUCGCCAGGAAGAAAUUUUGUUGUGGAUUCUUAUUCUUCUCUGCAACAGACGCAAGUAAAUUCAGAUGAUAGAAGAGAGUACACGGACAAAUCGGUUUACUUGUCAUUAGAAAUGCUUGGGAAAGUAUUGGAGUAUUUGGCCUCUUCUUUUCCCAAUUGGCCAGAGCGAUCGUUUCCUGCGGAUCAAUUUCGCAGUGGAGAGCCUAAUCUCGUUAUCGUUCCUCAGAAUGAUUUACUACGAGGAAUCUUGAGCUUAUAUAUGCGCGACUUCCGUUUGGUUCUUCCUUCAGCUCAGGAAGUUCUUAUCUGCUCUCCUACCACCAGUGUAGAAGAAAUCUGUUUGUUUUGGCGUAGGGCGUUGCUAGAUCCCAAUCAUAGACGCCUUUUUUGCCUCGCUAGGGCAGAUAGUCUGAACUACGAAGUCAGUAGGAAGUCUUGGGAGGAGUUUUAUAGGCUGACGCAGAAUUUUCACAACAAUGUGCGUUAUGUUGCCUAUAAGUUUGUGGUCAUUUGCUCAGCUGAAAAUGAAGAUAAAUCGUACAUGGUCGAUGCUCUUGAUUCUUACAGAAGAGCCAAUGUUCCUCUCCCAUCGUUAUCAGAAAUUCAGUCUUAUCUUAAAAGCAAGUUCUACACAAUUCCUUCUAGCCGUCAAGGCUUGGGCGGACAACUCUUUCCUGCAGCGUCAUUAGAUCACCAAAACAGUUCUGUAAGGGUAGUAAUGUCAAGUCGAGCAGGUGAUGGUAAAUCGUUUUUCAUAGAUCACAUCGCACACAAGUUGAGCGAUCUUCCUCAAAACCGCUUUGCGAGAACUGGUUUUGGAAACACUUCAAAUCAGCCUCUUCAUGUCGUGAUUCCGUUGCAUGAUACCGAAGUGAACACAAACACGGUUUUGGAAAUUUUGCUGCCGAUGUCUCCUUCCUCUGACGCACCUUUGGCGCGACUCAUUCACGUCGACGUUUCUCCUUCGGUAGUCAAAGGGUUGGACACUUUCCUGUUUAGGCUGUUGAUACUGGGAGAAAUUUCUGACACCGAAGGACACGUUUGGAGACGGAGUCCAGACGAUUUAUAUGUUUUAGAGAUAACGUCGACUGUAGCAAUGAUUGCUCAAAAUCAAAGUGGAGUUGCAUCAUCCGGUAUGACACGUAGAGUUAGAAGUUCUAAACUGCAGGCAAGUAUUUCUAUAUGUGAUUGGUUACCAUCUGUUAGCUGCAACUCACCCGAGGAAGCAAAGCGGUUUUUGGCUGGUGGAGUAACUCCAAAUGUAGGUGAUCCGGAUAUGGACGAAGCUGAAUUUCGAAAUUCUAAUGUUCAGAGAGCAUUUCAAUAUCUCGAAAGGUACAACAGAAAUGACAAUCUUGAUCCUUUCACUUUUCGUGCGUCUAACAUAGAGGGAACUCAUCUAACGUGCUUGCAGACAUUGUUGUCCAAUUGCGGACUCGAUAAUCCAACUUGGAGUCAACUUAAACAUUUCAUUAACUUUCUCAGCAGUCAACUUCGGGAUUGUGAGAAAAACGAUUUUUGCAAUCCCGAGGCUUAUGGCAACGAUUUACCUGGUUUUAAGCAAUUUGUUAUCAAAUUUAUGAUUCUUAUGUCGAGAGACUUUGCAACGCAGUCCUUUGAUGAAUCCACUGCAAGUCAAGUUGAAUUGAUGGUCUUACGUCGACGUUGGGAGCAUUCUUCUCAUCCUUAUAUGUUCUUCAACGAAGACAGACAUUCGGUUACGUUUGUAGAAGUUCAGAUUACUCGAGAUGGACGACUGAUGGACCCGCGAAAUGGUCAAGUUUUAGACUCAAUCAUGUCAAGGGAUUUAAGUACAGCUCUUUACACGCAAGGAUUUCGUCUGCAAGAAAACUACGAUAAUUGGUCAAAAGUUCGUAAGCUGGAGGUGCUAUGUGCUGUCAUGGGAGUAGGGAAUGUGUACGACCCGGAUGAGACUUACGAACUGACAAUGGAUAAUGUGAAGAAGAUAUUGGCUAUACAAAUGCGCUUUCGUUGUGGCAUUCCCGUCAUUAUAAUGGGAGAGACCGGUUGUGGCAAAACAAGAUUGAUUCGUUACAUGUGUUCUUUACAGUCUAACUUGACAAAGGCAAGAAACAUGAUAUUAAUGAAAGUUCACGGAGGUGUUACCAGAGGCGACAUAAUUGCAAAAGUGUAUGAAGCCGAACGUGUUGCUCGUAACAAUAGAAGAGGUUAUCCGGGAUUUACAAUUCAAACUGUACUUUUCCUUGACGAGGCAAAUACUACGGAUGCACUGGGACUGAUUAAGGAGUUGAUGUGUGAUAAACGUGUAAAUGGAAGGAAAGUGGAAGGACUGGGAUCAUCUCUUCAAGUCAUCGCUGCUUGUAAUCCUUACAGAAAGCACACGAAAGAAAUGAUUGAGCGUCUAGAGUCUGCUGGCCUCGGUUACCACGUAACCGCAGACGAAACGGAAGACAAACUUGGACACAUUCCUUUGCGUCGUUUAGUAUAUCGCGUGCACGACCUACCAGAAAGUAUGAAAGCACUUGUAUGGGAUUUUGGUCAGCUGAAUCCUGACAUAGAAAGGCUCUACGUCAAGCAGAUUGUCAGUCGUCAUGUGGCCAUCAGAGAGUCAGUUCCGAAUGUUCUCAAUUUGAUAGAAGUCGUUACUGAAGUACUUGCAGCUGCACAAAGUUACAUGAGGAAACAAGAUGACGAGUGCAGUUUCGUUAGUCUUAGAGACGUAGAAAGAGCCAUGAUGGUGAUGGUUUGGUUCUACAAAUUGCGUAGACAACUAGAACAUAGGAUGGCAGUCAAACACGACGAAUACUCUUCUCAGCUACCAGCAAACAGACAGCUACCACAACUUGAAUAUCUAACGCGUUCCUUUAUUUUUGCCCUAGGAGUUUGCUAUCAAGCCAGACUUCGAGAGCGACGACCUUUUCUUGUGUAUAUUACUCCUCAUUUUAGACCUCCGUGCAAUGUUCCAGGUGGAGUCGAACAGAUCGAGAGGGAAAUUAAGAACUGUCAACAAGUCUUUCUCGACGAAUUAGAACUUCCUCCUCAAAUAGCAAGGAACCAUGCUCUCAGUGAGAACGUUUUUAUGAUGAUUGUUUGCAUCGAUCUUCGUAUUCCUUUGUUUCUGGUUGGAAAACCGGGAAGCUCAAAGUCACUCGCCAAGGAUGUUGUCAAGAAUUCUAUGAAAGGACAGUUGUCGAGUUCUACUCUGUUUCAAGCUCUCAAACAAUGUCAUAUGGUGUCUUAUCAAUGUAGUCCUCUCUCAACUGCUGACGGUAUAAUUGGAGUGUUCCAGCAAUGUCAACGAGCGCAGAAAGAACGCGACAUUGAGAAGUUUGUGUCGUGCGUUGUUCUGGACGAAGUCGGACUGGCAGAGGACUCGCCGCGUCUUCCUCUCAAGGCGCUGCAUCCACUCUUGGAUGACGGUACCGCGGGUGCGGAUGACUUCGAAGAAGCAACGAACUGUCGAUCCAAUCGAGUUUCUUUCGUUGGAUUAUCGAACUGGGCUUUAGAUCCGGCCAAAAUGAAUAGAGGUAUACUCGUCAAUAGAGAGGUGCCUGAUGACAGUGAACUGAUUGUGAGUGCGCAAGGUAUAUGCAGCUCAGACCGUCAUAUACAAAUUUUGUUAUCUUUCUUAUUUGAUGGUCUAGCCAGUUCUUACAAAGAAAUUUAUAGAACACAAAAGCGCGAGUUCUUUGGACUUCGAGAUUUCUAUAGUCUCGUCAAAAUGUUGUUUUCACUCUGUCGCGCGAGCAAACAGUCUCCCACCUGGAAUCAACUAGAACAUGCAGUGAGAAGGAAUUUUGGCGGCCAAAGUGACGAUGAAAUAAUCACCGUAUUCCGUCGUUGUUGCUCAGGUGCUGCGGACAAUCUAAGAUCUGAGAAUGAAGAGCAAUUGGAUAAUAGUGCCGUCGGUCUCAUUCAGGCUAAUUUGCAAAAACAGAGUGUAACCAAUCUUGGGGAAAGUCGGUAUCUGCUGAUGUUGACAAAAAAUUAUGCAGCUCUCAACAUCAUUCGUCAACGGAUUUUAAACGACGAUGACCCUGUCAUUAUUUUCGGUAGCAGUUUUCCAAAAGAUCAAGAAUAUACGCACGUAUGCCGUACGAUCAAUCGCAUCAAAGUGUGUAUGGCAACAGGUAGGAUGGUUGUUCUUCUCAACUUGAACAAGUUGUAUGAGAGUUUAUACGAUGCGUUGAAUCAAUAUUAUGUGUAUCACGGUGGUCAGAGGUUUGUUGAUCUUGGUCUUGGUAAUCACAGAGUUAAAUGUCAAGUUCACAAGGAUUUCAGAUUAAUAUUGAUAGCAGAACAGACAGAGGUGUACGACAAGUUUCCUAUUCCUUUGAUCAACCGAAUGGAGAAGCACUUCCUCGCCAUGGAUUCUGUGUUGUCGCCUGAACAGCAAAUCAUCGUCGAUCGCGUGAAUGAGUGGGCCAAAUUGUUUGCGUCUGUAGAUGCACAACAACACGUUUGGCGUUCCAACGACACUGGGCAAACACAGUUUUCAGUAGCUGAUGCUUUUGUCGGUUUCAACGACGAUGCAGCCGCCACUGUGGUGCUACAGGCUUGUAGAAGGAACCUGAUCUGCGAAAGAUCGAGCUUGUUUCGCAACACGAGAGAAGAAACCGAUGUUUUUGAACUUGCUGUAAAUUCUCUUCUCAACUGCGCAACUCCCGAUGCUGUCGCUCGUUUGCACGUAUCUCAACUUUCUGGCGAAGCGAGUCAUUUGUGGGAAUUAUACUUUUCUCAACAGCGCCAUUCCAGUCUUUUAGAUUACCUUAAAGCUAAGCUGGUGGAGAGCGGUACAGAAGAGAGUCUCUUGCUUCAAGUUACAACUCACUCUCGUCUUCUCUCAGUUGGACUGACAGAAUUCCGCAAAGCUUUAGUUAUUGAUAUUGAUUCAAUAGCAUUACAGCAGUUUGACAACGAACAGCAAUUUGUGAAAAGAUUGAAAGAAUUCUAUAACUGUGAAUCACCACAAGGCAGAGUUCUAUUGGUGCAGUGUGAAGCUGGUGAUAUGAACAGUGAACUGGUGGCUUGUGCUCGAUACUUAGUGCAGGAAGAGCGUGAAUCGUUCCUUGCACAAGCAUUAGAGCAAUCGCCAGAACGAGAAUGUGCUUACUUUCGACCUUUGGUUUUAGUCAUUCAGUUGCCGCGAGUCACGGGAGGUUUCUUCAGGGGAUUUCAAGGCGGCGUGUGGGACGAAGUUCAUAUUGAUGAAUUACGUCCAGCAAAUCAAGUUCUCACUCCCUCUAUUACCUCAUUAGUAAACAAGAAAAUAAGUUCUUUAUUAGGAACCGCGGCGGAAUUUCAGGUAUCCAAUUUUGAGGUUGACUUGGGAUCCGAUAUGUCUAAAGACGUGGGUGUCAUUGAACCCAAUGAAACCGUGACCGAACCGUCGCCCGUUUUGAAUGCGGAGGCAGUAUUGAGGUCUUGCAUACACGGAGCCGUCAGUCUUUUAGACGACAUGGACGAGUCCAUUGAUAACACUUCAAAGCGAAUUCACAUUCUUAUGCAGUUAUUGCCUGGUGACAGUCGUUUAGAUGUACCAACGUGUGAACCAUUUUUUGGACAGCUGAAACAUCAAGUUAUUCGACUUCUUCAAGAACAGGAGAGUUGCCAGGACUCGACUUCAGCGACUGCGUGGGUGCGGAACGAAGCCCUUAGUCACAGCAGUCUCCAGAAGGGAGGAACCUUUCGCCGCGCAUUGUGGUUGCGCAUUGUCGAUACGCUGACGCCCGUACUGUCGAAAAUAAUUGCUUUUGUCGAUCGUAACCACAACCUGAAGUUGCUGGAAGAGGUGGCAGCGGGAAGUAGGAGUUGGUUGACCGAUCUUUGGCUUGGUAUAUUCAACAGUUCACUGAUAAGUGGUCAUGACUACGACUUUUUGUCUCCGGUUCAAAAGGCAGUAAGCCAACGAGUUCGUGUACUGUCAUCGGGCUUGAACGAUCAUCUUUUCUCUGCUCAAUUUCCUUUCUCGUACGUCGUCAAGCUGGAAUUAGAUGGCAUGAUGAAAAAGGCUAAGGAUAUUGCAGCUGACCGAUGCGAGAAGAUUGUUACAACUGUGCAGCGUCUCUUUGAUAGCAGCGAUCUAGGUGCAGUAGUACGCAAAAUUUGUGAAGUCAGUAGUCAUUGCGCUGACGAGCUUGGUCGCCGGUAUCUGUACGACUUUAUUCACAUGGUUUACAACGUCUCUUCGAAAGAAGAAAUGAAGCUUGUCGAAUCAACAGUUAUGAGUGGAUUGAAUGAAAUAAGGUCUGACGAGCUAGACGUUGACGAGGUAGAGAAGACAAGUAGCGGUUUUCGCAAUCUGACGAUACCGUCAGUUCAUGCUGCGUAUGCGCACGUCAAGACUCGUCUGUCGUGCUUGAAUAAUAUUUUUCGUCAUUGCCCUGGCAUGGCUGCUAACCUUUGUUAUCAACUGGAAGGAGUACCCGACACUGAAGUGCUUACAGAUGUUAUGGCUGCUCCUUUACUGUUGGAAGAAUUGUCUCCAACAGCGGCUCUUCAAAAUACCUCCCAAAGAAGUACCUGGCUAAAGAGAGUGCGAGCAGUUAAACCUGUCAUAGAGUCAUGGCUGACGUUGCCAUUUACUGGUAACAUAAGAAGCGCUCUGCACGACGACGCCAAAAAUACGUGGGCGGUAUAUUGUGCUGUUAGACUCUUUCUAGAACACACCGAGUCAAUGACUCACAACAAUCCAUUCGUUGUUGCGUUACCAUCCACCUUGUAUCAGAAUUUGAAGAGCAUCGAAGUUGAUUUCACGAAGGCAUACUCAAUCCGUGUUGUUCAGAGAUUUCUGAACCAAUCAUCUGAAGAUUAUGCGUUUCAUCUAUUUGGACCAAACGGCGAUGAAUGCACAAUUUGUUUCUACCAAUGGGAGAGCAGAAACCCCGUCAAGUUACCCUGCAAGCAUAUUUUCUGCAAAUCGUGCAUUGGAGAGCAACUUAAAAAAGGAUUGAAGUGUCCGUUAUGCAGCAAAGAAGUUCCCGAGGAUUUUCAGACCGUUGCAGACAGAACUCUCACGCGAGCUAGCGAUCAUUACAAGAAGUUCAAACAGUGCAGUACCGCAUUCUUUAUGGAACUGGUCUCUGUGUACACAUUUAGUGAAACGACAACUGAUCCACCUGAGCCCGAGCUUGUGCAUAUGCUGAUGGAGAUGGUCGUGCAAAAGAGGCUGACAAUGCCGGAAAACGGUACUCGUCCCUUUUCACCUUUUGAACGAGACGCAAUCGAUCCACGUCCAGUGGUGAGGUCUUUUAUCUUGCAACUGUUACUGAAGUACAGUUUACCAUUAACUCUUGAAUACGUUGAGAUGGUGUUUGAAAAUGCCCGUCAGUAUGUGAGAGGUGAUAGGAUUGACGACUUGGAAGACUUGGGUGUUGUCUUUGUGCAUUGUAUUGAGGAUUCUUUGCAUCAUAAGUUAGCUGGUUCGAAGUCCGAGGAUCGCUGUCAAGCAGCUGUAACGGAAUUGAAGUCAGCUGCAAGAAAUUUGCAAGGUGAACCAUCUUCCUUGAAGUACUUGCAAGGAGUCGCUAGUGCAAGGUUUGGUUUCACCGUCACCGCUAACGUUCUUGGAGAUCUUUUGGACGAUGAUGAGAAACAUAGAUUGGGACUAAUUGAAAGAAGUGUUACUUCGUCGCAUUUGGUUUCACGUCAGUUUGAGUUUAGGGCCGUCACAGAUUUGCUCGAAACGGUACAAGCGGUCUGCCGUGAUCUGCCCGACCCGCAGCUCUCAUUAUAUUUAGUGAAACAGUUGAUGUUGCUGAAAGGGCAAGAUGUGCUAGGAAAGUUGCGGGAUAUUUGCCAUUUGGAUUUGGUGUGGCUAACGGACAGGCUGCAACAGGAUUUCGACGAUCCUGUUUUACUCGAUUACUGCGUUGUCCUCGACGAACCUUACAAACGAUUUAGAAAUGCGGUUGCGCAAACUGUUGUUUCCAAGGAAACAAAGCAUAUCGAGGAGGCAUUGUCGAAGGAAGGCGAAAGCGGUCGAAAGCCUUCUAUCCCGUUGUUACUGGCAAUCUAUAGAGAAGUUACUUGUCGUCGAGCGUUGCAAGUUGAACAACAGAUUUCUUCACAAACGUUGACGUUGAUUGAGGAUUAUUGCCAACGUAUUUCGUUCCUUCCAAUAAACGCACGGUCAUUUGCAGCUGAACUCGUCAACAAUAGUCAAGGCAGACCAUUGGUACAGUUGCAAGUUUCGUCCGGGAUGAGCGCGGAGAGUCGAAGUCUUGCCAGUCUUGCACUUCACGUGUAUCUCACAGUACUGUGUGGUGACGAAUCAAAACUUGUUCGAUCUCUUCGUCUGAUGCUCAAUGAACCCAACAACUUAGCGAGUUCGUAUUUACCUGCAAUGCCGGAUAAUUAUUUUGAAGAGGCCAAGCAAUUGGUAGAAGGUACACUGUGGUAUGAGUGCAAGAAUGGGCAUCCUUAUCUGGUUGCCGAUUGUGGCAGACCUGAAGUUCUUUUGCGGUGUCCUGAUUGUGGAGAACCGAUAGGAAAGAAUACCCAAGACCCAAACGCCACCGAUCAUGCUAGAGUGCAAACAGGUCACGUUCUUGGCCCAACCAACAGGAGGUCUCAAGAUCCUACACCAGAACGAAGUCUGCCACCUCCAGCUUGUGCGUUGGUGCGCAUACUUUUGCACGGUGUACUUCUCUGGGCGUCUUGCAGUCAAGAUCAAACUCUCCUAGUCGGCCUUAAUCAUGUUGUUAAGGCAGCGGUCAAUCAGCACGAUCUUGCUGAGUUCUUUUGGUCUCAUUUUGAACUCGAUACUCGCCUGUUUGCUAAAUCAAUUGGACGAACUGUUGAAGACGGCGUCACUGUUUGCCAUAAGUUUCUGAGUCGAAUUGCUGACAAUCCACAAGCUGCUGAAGGUAUUACUGGAGAUGGUCGCUUGUUGACAGCACAGGAGCGUGAUUCGUGGGAAGAAUGUAUUAAUAGAAGCUACAUAUUACCGACAUUCCAGGAGAUGCAGAGCCGCAUGAUGUACUGGAUCCAACAAAUUAUGAACGAUCAUAAAUACGGGAAUAGCAAGUUGCUUAGGCUUGUUUACGAACUAGAAGAUCCUGCUGGUUCGAAAUCGGCCUCUCGUUUGUGGCGACACCGUGUAACGGUGAGCAUCGAUCAUCUUUCUCACACUUUACAACAGCAAACAAGCUCAACUGGAAACAGCGAUUGUCAACUUUUGAAAGAGUUUCUUCGACAGGAGCCAAAGUUGAGAGCGUUGCAAUAUCUUCCUGAUAUUAUCAAACUGCAAAAGAUGAUGCUGGACAAGUAUGACAGGAAAAUGUCACAGCACGAAGCACUAACUAUUCGGGUGGGAAACUUCCUUGAAUCUGUCGAAGACUAUGAAGAAAGACGGACAUUUGAGAAUCUGAUAGAAAACUUCAAUAAGGCGUGGCUACUUGUCAGGCAAUUUGUUUUAACUCAUGGCCGGCUUAGACCAAAGAAGAAGGAGCACGAGCUUGUCCACGUCGACAAAGACACACCCAUCGCCUUUCUCUUACCAAGAACAGUGGAAGAGGGAACGUGUGCUACAAGUUUGGUUGAUUAUCUUGUAAACUGCACUCACAAUGAAUUUGUUGCAAAUUACCGUAGAAUAUCAAGACAGACAGGGGAACCUAAUCGAGUGUCGACGGAUGAUGUCACACCAGCUCAUCUCGUUGCAUAUGACGUCGAACGCGAUCUAAUGCCUCUCGUUCUUGCUCACUGCGACUAUUCUCUCGCUGUUGGUCAAGGAACUGAGAUUUCCUACAACCUACCCGCUUUAGAGAAGCAAAUCGUCGAUCGUUUCGUCGUCGGAAGGCCACACAUCCAUAUGAAGGAUUAUCGUGUUGCAUACCGCAAGGAAGUUUACAACACGGCACUGUUUGUGCGCUUAGAUCAGAGAAUUAAUCAGGAGGAAGUUCCUGUUUCUGUCCAACGUCAGAUUAGUUUGGAACUCCAUGAUCUGACGGACAUACACAACGUGCUAGCUGUGCUCAAUAUCGUUAUUAAUUUCUUAGUGUCACUCAGUUGGUCACCUGAAGAACUUCUCAAUACGUUUAUUCACGACACGUUAAAGAUGCCAGCCGAAUCAAGUCUAGUAAGCGGCAGGGCACAGCAAUUCUGCCGUUUGAAGCACGUGACGUCUUUAUGGCGUUUGUUGACGAUGGAGAAAGGGAGGCGUCUGUCUUUGGCGAGACAGGAGCCAUUUGAUCACGUUUCAUCGAAGUUCCGUCAGAAGAUGAACGUUGGGAUGUGUCAGGAAUUAAUUAAAGCUUUAAGAAAGCUAAACAUUGAGGCAUUUUUGUCAGAGCUGGUUGAAAUUAUAAUGCUUGAGCUGCAGCAGUGGGAUGAGACUCCAGCAAUGGAGGAAUAUGAGUUGUGUCUUGCAAUGACGGACCUGCAUGGUUCCCGUCUUCAGGGAUUGGAUCACAUCUCAUCUCAAGUUCAACUUCAACACAUCAUACAUUGCUGGAAUAUUGCAGUCAAGCUCGAGAGGGAAUUGUCAAGUACAAGAUAACGGUUACUAUUUCAUAUGCUUUAGUCACGUUGCGUUUGAAUUGCUUGCCAUUGUUCAAGACACGUUUGUCCGGAGAUAAUGAAUUUUGGUAUUGGAUUUAUUAACUGUUUUAACAUUGUGUUGCUGUUGCUGGGUGAUUGUUGUUUCCAAUCAAGUUUUGUAGUGGUCAUUUUGAAUUAGGGCUAAAGGAGUACAGUUUCAUGUAUUGGUGUAUAGUUAGUCAGUUGGUUGGAAAGUCAUUCUGUAUGAGUGUUUCAUCCGGGACCCAUCACCGUUGCAACUUGAUGUCCUAUAGUGAAUGUGAAUUGUGGCAUA